AGUACAACUUAGGGUCCCAUCACGUGCUUCUUCUCUGCUCUCAACUCCCUCUCUCUCUCUCGUUCCCAAAUCAUCGUGAUUUUGGACACCCAUCGCUGGGUCGAGAGAGAACAAGAAACAGCUUUGAUCCAUUUCAAACCCCUUAAUUCGGAGUAUUUUCUUGUCAAAUUCAGGUUUUUCGCUUGAAUUUCGCAAUUUCCAGAACCCCCAACUUCAAUUAGUUGCACAAUUUUUAGGAAUUUAAAAUGAAAAAUGUCAAAGGCAAAGGUGUUUUUUCGGCUCCUGGUGAUUAUAUCUACUUCAAAUCCCAAGUUCCUCUUCACCAAAUUCCUGUUGGCUUAAAGCAAUGGAGAUAUUAUGACUUUGGUCCAAAGGUGGUUCCUCCACUCAUCUGCAUCCCAGCGACAGCAGGAUCAGCUGAUGUGUACUAUAAACAAAUUAUGGCAUUGUCAAUGAAGGGUUAUCGGGUCAUUUCUGUUGAUAUUCCUCGUCUAUGGAGUCAUCAUGAAUGGGUUCAUGGAUUUGAAAAAUUCUUGGAUGCAAUUGAUGUUCAUCAUAUUCACAUUUAUGGAACAUCGCUUGGAGGCUUCUUAGCACAAUUGUUUGCUCAACAUCGUCCAAGACGAGUCAAGUCAUUAGUACUCUCAAAUACAUUCUUGGAUACACGGACUUUUGCAUCCUCUAUGCCUUGGGCUCCUGUUGUGAGCUGGGCACCUUCAUUCCUUUUGAAACGAUAUGUCUUGACGGGUAUUCGAGAUGGCCCCCACGAGCCAUUUAUUGCCGAUUCUGUUGAUUUUGUUGUAUCUCAGGUUGAAAGACUUUCAAAGGAUGAUUUGGCAUCCAGAUUGACUUUGACAGUUGAAUCUGCUUCAGUUGGACCUCUUCCGCUACCAGAUGCAUCUAUAACUAUAAUGGAUACAAAUGACUAUUGUGCGAUUCCACAAGAGCUUAAAGAUGAAGUGGGUGAAAGGUAUCCUGGAGCUAGACGAGCAUUCAUAAAAUCUGGGGGUGAUUUUCCAUUCUUGUCACGACCUGAUGAAGUUAAUUUGUAUCUUCAGUUGCAUCUUAGACGUGUUGGAGUGGAGCCUCAGCCGGACAUGAUUCAAGGUGCACCUAAACCCACUGAUGUUGGCAACUCUUCUGCACUAAAACAGAGAGAAUAUGAUGAUCACGGAUCCAAUGAUGUUGGAAGCUCCAGAGAUCCAUCAAAUAGUGAACAGGGAGAUGAUAAUGCUAAUAACUUACCAGAUAAUGAUGAGCAUGAAGUAAAAAAACUGCCUAAGGGGAACGAAGACAGUUGUAAAGGUCCAUUGGGAGGUGAUGAGAGAGAAGAUAAAGAUGAUCCACCCGGAGACAAUGGAGGAUUCCCUAGGGGUCCCUCAAAUAACAAUGAAGCCAAGGUUGCCAAGGAACCAACUCAAGAUAAUGCUGAAAGCUCUGGAGCAAAGAAUAGUGGUAGUACAAAUUCCGAUGACACUCCUAAAGAUUCAGAGACAAGACUUAUCUCUUCUCUUCCUGAUGAUAUGAUACCUAGUUGCUCAAAUGAGCAAUGGCCAGGUAAUCACCCGGCUCAAUUGUUGAACCAAGACCCACAAAACCUCUCUGCUGCUAGAAUGUUUUCUGAAUAUCAGCUGGUUUUUCUUUCUUAUGUGCUUCCUGCUUACUUCAGGGCGUUGCAUAUUACCUGUUGUGUGCAUUCUUGUAGAUGUAGAUAGUUGGUGACCUUGGUGUGAUAUGAUUGAAAGUUUGCUCAGUGUUUCUGCUUAAUAUGAAAUUUUGAAUACAAAGCUAUUUGCCAUAGGCAUGAACUCCUGCUGGUUUGUUGGAUGCUAUGGUUUCCCCUAUAUUGGGUCUCAUUCUUUUCCUCCAAAUUUGAUUGAUUUGUACCUGUUGUUGCCUUGACAAUGUAGUUUGAUCAUCUCACUAUUGCAAUUAAUAAGUAAUUUUCAGAAUGAAUUCCCUUUUUUUUUUUUUUGGUAAUUGAUUAAUUGAUUGUUUUCUUAGUGGAAAGAUUGUGAAGAUAUUGUGCUCCUUGAUGAUUACUAAUGUACUAACUACCGCAAUGUUCAUUUUA